UUUGACUUCAGACCAGAUCAGAUUGUGGUUAUUGAGGCAACAGAAACAAACUUAGUUUUUUGUGAAAAUUCAUAGAAGGUUAGAUUAUCACUCAUAAUUUUACAGAUUGAAGGUACAGAAUGGCAACCACUGCUAUAAACCAGAAAGAAUAUCUAAAACGGUAUCUGUCUGGUGGUGGAAAGGAUGGAAAGAAGAAAAAACGCAAGAAGACCAAAAUAGUGACGGGACGUGGUCUCAACAUUGUGGAUGACAACUUAGAGCACAUUAUCACAGUAGACGACGAUGAAGAUGAAACGGACCUUUAUGAGCUGGCUGAAAAUGCACCUCAAGUCGCUGGAGUUUUUGACGAUCGCCCCAUUCACAUUCAACAAGCGCAGGACAAAAUCUUUGGUGCCAAGUGGAAAUCACUUGCAGCUGACGAAGAAGCUCCCAAAGUGUUGGACAAGAAGACAGACCGAUCCGCACACACAGACUCUGACUGUUCUCUGCCAAGGGCAAGCAAGCACAGAGACAGUGAUGGCGAUGUUUCCCCUCCAAGAAACAAAGAGAAGAAAAGGCACAAUUCGCCACCUAGAAGAGGAAGUCGUGAUAGAAGCAGUCCUUCAAAGAACCAAAGACAUGAUUCAAGACGCAAGGACAGGAAUAUCAGAAGAAGAGGACGAUCCUCCAGUUCUGAUGACUCUCAGCCAAGGAAACGAUCGGUUUCCUCCCACUCUGAUGAGUCCCCUCUUCAGUCAAAAAAUAAACACCGCAGAAGAUCACUGUCCCCUUCCAGGAAGGACAAAAGCAGAAGAGACAUGUCUCCUGUACGAUCCAAUAAAGAAAAGAGACGUGACAGAUCGCAUGAUCGGGACAAGAGGUAUUUGCACAGAAGAGACCAAGGCCGCCGUUCUAGAACUCCAAACAAGAAAGAGAGAUCAAACAACUAUAAGAGGAAAACCAAUUCAGAUUCAGAUUUUUCUCCUCACAGGAAGACAGAUAGGAGUCGCAAAAACGCUAGAAGAGAUGGUUUGACUUCCCCUAGCCGCAGGAGGAAAGACUCAGAUUCUGAUCAGUCUCCUCCCAGGAGCAAGGGCGAUAGAAGAUCCAAAGAUUUUGAUAGGUCGCAGAGCAGAAAAGGCUUCAACGCUGGGAAAAAUUCCGAUUCUGACUUUUCGCCCCCCAGACGGCAGCAAUCAAGUAGCUCCAAAAGUGGAAAAAACGUGCCAAUAACAAUUCGCGGGGACUCUGACUCUGACCUUUCUCCUCCAAGACUCAAAAUAGAGCCACCAAGCCCAAGCAGCUCAUCUCGAAGACAGCGAGCCCUCCCUGUGAAAAUAAAACAAGAACCUGCAGAUCCUGAAGCUCCAAAAACGUUAGAAGGCAAAAGAGCUGGACUUCAAGAUGCUAGAACGCUGAAGGCAGAGAUGGAAUUGUUGCGGAAGCAAGAAAAAGAGCAGUUCCAAAACAUGGCUGACCACAUCUCUGGACGAGGAGCGACAGCAGUGAUUCGAGACAGGAAAACAGGAAGAAAGAGAAAUUUGGAGGAAGAGGAAAAGGAAACAGAGCAGGAAAAGGAGGCAGAGAAGAAGCGUAAAGAAGAGUUUGACAGAAUCGGGCGCGGCGUUGUUCAAGAGGAGCGUCGAGCUCAAGCCUUAGAAGAAACACUACAUGAAAUGUCAAAGCCUGUCGCCAGAUAUGCAGGAGAUGAAGACUUGGAACGGCAUCUCAAAGCCCAAGAGCGAGAGGGAGACCCAAUGUUGGAUUACUUACGUGCCAAGCGGCUUAAAGAGAACCCGGAAUUGAGCAAACCUGCCUACAAAGGGCCAGAUGGACCUCCCAAUCGGUUUAACAUUCUUCCUGGGCACCGAUGGGACGGUGUAGAUAGAUCAAACGGUUAUGAGAAAAAAUUGUUCAUCAGCAGGAACGCGAAAGAAGCGCAAAGAGAAGAGUCAUACAAGUGGAGUGUGGCGGAUAUGUAGACUUGGAGAGAAGAACUGUUUAUUUUUAAAUCACAGACUAUGUAUUUUUUUUUAAUUUCUGACGAUCUAGCAGUUGCACUUUGGUUUAAAAGAGACUUUUGUCUCAUGCAGGGGCAACCAGCCAUGAAAAGAAGUGCUAAUUUCUUCGGACUGAAUCCUUUCGAGCGACACAAAAUCCUGAUAAAUGAAUACCUAUUAACCAAUCCGGACGCAUUCAAGCUCCUCCAGCGCGAUAGG